AUGACGCUACGCGACACGUAUGCCCGGUUCCUGGUCUCUCCAUCCAAGGAUGCGCUCGCUGCGAAUGCGUCGCUGCAUUACAUCUCGACACUGACCAGCAUCCAUGAUGCGCCGGCCAUUAUGAAGCACUUUGCUGUGCAGGAGAAGCUGCUGAAGAAGACCAAGCAGACCAUCCUGGACGCUGUCGAGGGCCACGGCGGCUUGAGCGUCGAUGUUGAAACGACGAUUGAAUUCAACAACGGCGGCGGCGCGUACCUGCCCGGUCUGGACGAUAACUUUGUCGCCGACCGCACCGUCCACAUUGUCCACUUUGACGGCGCUGGAAGCAUCACGCAGAUCCGCCAGUACUGGGACCAGGGCUCGCUUCUCAAGCAAAUCGACGUCAUCGGCUCGCGCUCGCGUAACUGGCCGAUUCGCGACGGCAAAGACCAGAGUCGCUUGAUUGCGACCAAUGCAGCAAACUCCCCUCAGCCUGCCUCGACUGCUUCUUCGCGCCCAUCCACGGCUGUCUCAAGAGGCACCGACGAUGUGUCCAUUUCCUCGCGCUCGCGCGGCUCCACAAGCACGGCCACCAACGACCCGCAUGCAUCGCUGUCCCUCUUUGCGCCGCGCGAGGUCUCAGAGGGCGAGUCAUGUAGCUCGCAGCCAUCAGCACCACGCGCGCAGUCCGCGAAGCCUCCGCCGCGCGAGUACUCUGAGCUGUUCGUGGGCGAAGACACUGGUUCGCCUUCGCCAUCACCACAGAGGAUCCCCGUAAAGGCCGGCAGUGGAAAGAACUUCAAGGCCAGCCGCUUGUUUGACGAGGAUACAGAGGAGGACCGCAUUGCUGCAACCCCCCAGGGUGUCAAGACCAAUGCGAAGAAAUACAACCACUUUGAAUUCGGCGACGGCGAAGAGACGCCAACAGUUCGCGAUUCCGCACGCGCACCUCCCAAGGGGACCAAGUCGCAGCCCAGCUGGAAUUUUGAGGACUUUGCAACACCAGAGAAGGCCGAGACCAAGACACAGCCCCAGGCUGUCCGCCACUUUGGCUGGAGCGAUGACGAGGAGACUUCCCCAGUCCGACGUCCCAUCGUCCACAAAGCUCGCCCAAUGGACCCUCACUUCGACUUCAACGACGACGGCACUCCUGAAGCCCAGCGCAAGCAAGCCUCGACCAAAGGCAGUCUCGGAAACAACGGCCAAGGCCUCUAUGAAGACCACGUCACUCACACCACCGACAGUCGGCAAGACCGCUCCUUCAAAGGCGACGGCCAUCGCCCGCUCAACGACGUGACAACCGCCGUCGAGAACAAGAACCGCUCCAAAGACUUCGGCGCCCACUUCGACAUGCAGGACAAUAGCCCCGGCGCCAACGCACUCGCCAACAGCAAGCUGCCCAGCCACGAGACGCGCAGCUCCAUGAACACCCACUGGGGCGCGCACCAAGACUCUCCGGACGGCCGGGGCAUCAACAUUGCGGGCAAUGGCAUGGGUGGCCGCAAGGGUCACGAGUGGUCACUGUUUGAGGACUCACCUGCCAAGAAGGAGAAUGCAAAGACGACGGUGAAGAAUACGGCCAUCAAGACGGAAGGCGAUGGUAUGGGUGGACGGAAAAACGCAGAGUCUUUCUGGGACUUUUAG